UCUCACCAUGGUUUUGUACUUUCAAAGCAACGGUGAGUGAAACACUGAAAAGAUAGAAAUUCUUUGCUACUCAAGGCCAAACCUAAUUAAUUUAUUUUUCUUUCCUUAGUUGUCUCACCGCCGUACACCAUUUACAUGGGCGCAGAUAAACACGAAAGUGAGUGUGGUCGUGUGCCACAAACACUCUAAUAUAUGAUUGAAUCUUUUUUAUCGGUAAACGUUUAAACUCCCAAGAUCUAAGAGAAAUUCUCCCUUAUAGCUGCUCUACAUUUUCUCUCAACUCAUUCAAGAAAAUUCGAAUUCUCUACACUCCUCCAGCAAGGGUUUCUCACGAGAUAGCAUAGUCCUCUAGAGCUUAUGACUAUUAAUUUUCUCAUUACCUGUUUUCUAAAUUUUGUUCUGAUUUCGUAAGGAGAAUUCAAAUGUAAAGCAUGUCUGGUAUUUUAAAAGCUAAGUCCCAUCUACGUAUAGUAUUUUAACUAAGUUGUAAUUUAAUUUAUGGAGUGUGUUUUAAUCAUUGCACAGACGAGGAGUUGAUAAAAUGGGGAUUUCCAGAGGAUGUUUGGUUAGUAUAAAAAUAUCUAGCUAAUCUUAAAUUGCAUAUGUACAUUUUAAACCAUAUUAAGGGAGAUUGUUGGUCACAGACAUAGAAAUUCAACCUUUACUUACAAUGAGUUUCUUGAUGAAAGAUGACUGUACUGAUUUACAUGCAUGUAUUGCCUUUUUCAGGUUUCAUGUUGAUAAGUUAUCAUCAGCCCAUGUAUAUCUUAGAUUACAAAAGGUAAAAUCAAGGUUGCUUUUGAUCUCUUGAUUAAGAAAGCUAUUUGUCCCUUGUAAUUUUUGAAGCUCAAUGUAUCUUUACAAUUAGAAAUGUAAGGAAAACCUUAUAUUUUUCUUUUUUGGUUAGGGUGAAACUCUAGAUGACAUUCCUAUGACAGUUUUAACCGACUGUGCACAGCUUGUAAAAGCCAACAGUAUUCAAGGUACAUAUAUGACUGUUAAUUUGACAGGACUAACUUAUUCAUUAUGUGGGAUGCAAUUAUCUUUGUCCCCAGGUUGGUAUUAUUGUGUGGUGUUCUUGUGCAAGACAUUUUACUCUUGGACUAGGAAUUGGUACUAGUAAACUGUCAGUGCUAGUAUUAGAGAAUAAUGUACAUGAAAUUCCUUACAUACUUUUAGAGUGAUCUUAAUGCUGCUAUAAUUUGAAAUUGUUGUCAAUUUAAGCAAAACUAUUUGCCUGAUUUUGCAUGCCAACCUGGAUGAUCUUUAGGAAACUUUUAUUGAUUAAGUGUUAAUUUGAACUUGAAAGAGAGUCAUUAAGACACUGAAACAUUGUCAUUUAUGGUGGAAAUAUUUUCUUUGUUGUGUUUUAGUCAUUGAUCCCUUCUUGAGAAGUGUUUCAAUUUAUAUCAAAUUGUUUUUUUCUGCAGGAAACAAGAUGAACAAUAUUGCUGUUGUGUAUACGCUCUGGGGUAACUUGAAAAAGACAGCCGACAUGGAGGUUGGACAAGUGGGUUUUCACAGUAAUAAAGAGGUAUUUAUAAUGCAAUAGUAGAACCCAAGUAGCAUUUGUAUGUUUUAUUAAGGAUAAUUUGGUUUCAUCAACUGAGCUGAUAAUAUAAAGUGGCCACUGUAAAGAGUUUCAAUGCUGUCUAAUCUACACAAGUUUUGUUGUGGUGUAGUAGUUAGCAUACCAGAUUCCAAAUCAAGAAGAAUGUAUCUGAGUUGUAACCAAGGCCAUUUCAUUCAACUUUCCCUCACAAUGCCUCUUUCCAUAAGAGAGUAUAAGUUGAAUUUUAUAACUUUCCAGAAUACCUGAUGACUUUUCAUUUCCAGUACUGUCAUUUUAAUUAUUUUUAUCAAAUACUACACAUGAUCUUACACUGUAAAGAUACUGUAGUUACAAUUCUUUAAUAUCUUACAACACGAACAUUAUACCUAACUCUUCUUUCAUAUUGCUAUAUCCAGGUGCGGAUCAUCAAAGUUGAAAAAAGAGUAAAUGAAAUAGUGAACAGAUUGAAUAAGACAAAAGAAGAAAAGUUUCCAAACCUACGAGAGGAAAGGGAGGAGAGAGAUAGACUGGAAAGAGAAGAUGGCAAACAGAAAUUAAGAGAACAAGUAAAACAUUAUUUCAUGAUCAACUGAUAUGUUCAGUGCAUUGUCAUCUUGAUGAACACUGCAGUUUUUUUUCAAUUCUGUUCAUUCUUGAGAUACAAGAGGUGUCUCAUAAUAUUUUGUUAUCUUCACAAAUUAGAGGCAGAGGGAAAAAGAAGAAGAGAAAAGAAGAAAAGAAGAAGCUGCAUUGAGGUAAUUUUUUCCUUUAACCACUAUGGCUAAGAUUUGAAGCUUCUUACAUAAUUGACUACAGGUCUGGAUGGAGUCAUGGACUGCCAGUCAUUGUGUUGUGUUGGUGAUUAAGACUCCACUCUUUCCAAGCAGGAGUUUAAAUAGUUACAAUCAAAACUACAUGUAUCAGGGAGGUGGUAAGUAACCUGUUACAGACUUAGAUCUCCUCCUGGACAAGUGACAGUACUACAUUGAGUUAUGCUUUUGGAAACAGGGAGUGGGAAACCUUGUGGCUUAAUGAAGAGGUGCAGGGUGGGACAUUAUGUUGUGUUCUUUGGCUAAAAACUUAACUUUCACAGUGUUGCUCUCCACCCAGGAGUCUAAAUGGGUAUCAGCAAAUUUUUAGGGAUGAAAUACUAGGAGUAACCUUCUAAUGAAGUGGCAUCCCAUCCGGGGGAGGUAGUAUCAGAGUAAUAAUCCUAGUCACUUCAUGUAAUGGAAACCAGGACAAGCAUUGGCUGUAUGGGCCACUUGGUUUGAUUACAGAAUUUUUCUGGAAACAUGGAUAAGCAGCUUCAGCAGGCUCUGAGUUUUUUAUAUUAAUCUCACAUGUACCAUACAUGUUUGUUACUGUUCUAUACACUUUUAAACAUGAUCAAGUCUCUCACAAUUGACUGUAUAUUCAUUUGUAUACUGCAUGUGAAAUUUUCAAUGGCUGUAAACUUGAUAUUUUGUAGGAGCUAUGACUCUUUAAUGGACUCAAGAAAAAUGAAAUCCAAUAAGGUCAGUUGGUAAUUUUACAUUGUUUGAUUUAAUACACCUCUUCACAGAUUGAGGUAAACUGGAGUGCAGAUCCGAAGGUCUGAGGUUCAAUUUCUCAUGGGAACUCAGAAUUUUUCUUUGUCCCACGCUUGUGACAAGACGAAAAAACAUCUUUCUUAAUUCUUCUCCGAGCUCAAAACUUACCAUCUCUACUAUUUCUAUGGAAAUACCAUGUUGAACAACACUGCUUUUCACACAGUCACACUUCUAUGAAAUUUAUCAGGUAUCAGAAGCUAUUAUAAUUGGGGCUUAAGUGAGGAAUCUCCAGUAAAACUAUUUUUUAAAAGUCCUUUUCAAUUCUUUUAUCCUAUGGGCAAAGGAAUGUGUAAAUAAAAUAAGUUAGCAAUUAUUUAACCUGAGAUGGUUUUUAAAUACACUGCACAGCAUACUUGUAUAUGUUGGAAAGUCGAAGUUCAUUUUUAAGAAAGUGCAACAAGAAAACAUGAUUGUUUACUAUACUUUUUAAGAAAAAAAGUGUUCUUUCACUUAAGUGGUGAGCUCCAAUUAUGAAGGAAAACCUUACAUUUUGUUAAUCGGAGUGUAAUAAUCACUGAUGAAAUUAUGUGAUGUUAGGAUGGACAAUCCAAUACUAAUGUUUCACCUGAGCAGAGGCCACAUUCUUUUUCAUUUCUUUUCUUAUUUCCAGGGUGCUGAAUCAGAUGAAGAUGAUUUUAUGUGAAGAAACUGGAAUACUUAUUUUGUCAGUAUUUUGGACAAGAAUAUAAAAUUCUCCAACAAGAUGAAUGAACUGCACCUGCUUCUUUAUUAAAUUUAUACCCUGAAAGGAGAGUUUUUAAAGAGCCCUGAGGAAUGUUAAGUACAGUGGUACUCUAUAAUUAAUUUGCAAAGAAC